GUCUGUGUACAGUAUGCGUACGUACAUUGUACAUGCACAUGUAAUACGCGUACCGUACACAUUGGUGACUUACUUCAAUUCACUUUGCAUUUGUGAAAGAUCGCUUGUAACUUGAGUUGGGUGUCCUGUGGCAAAUUUCUUUGCAAAAUCAAACCUUUUUGGGUAGAAGGAACUAACGCAAGAAGAACAUGGAGGUUUCAAACAGACAGCCAUAUCCCUUCCCUGAGCUACAGAACGACGAUGACUUCAUGGGAGCCAGGACAUUUCAGACAAAGUCCUACACGCAGCCAACUCAUCUAGCACAGCGAGUUGACCCUUGGAAUAGGCUUAACACCACCAGCACACUGUCUAGCUCACGCCGAGAAGUCUACCAUCAUGACCCCCAGGCACCCAGAGACAGCCUGGACUUCAUCUUGAAAUCAGACUACGACCAACACAACGAAUUCUUGAGAUCUAAGAACGAGACCCUCACGCAGCCAGAGACGAUAGGAGAGGACCAUGGGCGGAUCCUGAAAAACAAGAAGAAAGAGGAACCCAAGCUGUUUGACCCCAUGAACCCGCCGACGGUCAAGUCAGUCAUCCAGGAUCCCAAGAAGGAAAGCAUUCACAGCACAAAGGGUGCCAUCGACAGCCACCACAGCGCCGCCACGAACCCCGGCUACUCGCGCAAACAUGACGGUGGUUUCUACACCACAUAGACUUCAAGUUUGGUGCACAGAAGAGCAGCUGGGUCCACUGUGAAACAGAUUCAGAGGGGUCGGUCACACAAAGCUGCUUAAGAUUGAAGUUAGGGAUUUCACAAAUAAGCCCUUCUACCACUGAUAGCAUAGCUGUACAAUGUACAUAUGGACGAUUUCAUGAAAAGUUGCUCAGCGGCAUGGCACACUAAGCACUUCAUGGCGGGGCAUUUCCAAUGUUGAUGAUGCUGGGCCGGCAUGACUAUCAUUUUUUCCGUUUUCAAAAUCCUUCAAAAAUUCAUCAUUUC